AUGUCCUCGCUAAGUUCUGUCGUUGGAACCGUGUUUCUUGCGUUCUAUACGUUCCCCUACCUGGGCAUCGUUUUCGUGCCGCUGACGAUCGCGUACUAUCUCUCUCCGUUGUACUAUCGUCGAAGCUCAGUGGAGACGAAACCAACGUUCGGACUCCAUCCUGCGGUCAUGAUUGUAUGCCGCCUACGUAGUCUGCUGAUACGUGUGCUCUAUGGCAACGUUGCAAAUGAAGUGGAAACCGAACAGAUCGUGUCGGAGACAUUUACGACGCCAUUCUAUUACCCUGCUCCUCGGAGCUCAGAAUGUGAGCAACAGGCCCGCCGUCCGAGCCGGAACUUCAUCAGCUAUGUUCAGGCUAGUUUGAAAGAUACAGAAUUUCGGGUUCAGCGUGCCGAUGUGCAGUCUGAGGCGUCACCCAAUUUGGCUGACCGGACGUUCCAAACACCAGAACUAAAUGUUCCAUCACCGGUCACCUUGCUCAUUGACCAUCCACACCUGAACGGCGUCCGACUCCCCUCUUUGUCCACGUCGUAUACGAUGGAGGAACAAAUCGCCGACUUCGAGGAUCCUCCCCGGAUGAAUACGAGAUGGAUGAGGUAUGGGCUCGCUGCCGACACUUUCAUAGUAAACGACAUAGCCAUUAUUGCCUCUGAUUUUGUGUCGUACAGGAUGCAAGUGCUGUAA